AUGGCACCAAAAGCCCAACGUGUAGUCGUCGAGCGCGCAGGCCGUCGCCCCGCUCAAUCAAAAGGUUCUUUCGCAAGCACGUAUACUGCGUUGACGGCGCCGGAGAAUGCAAGUGUGGUUAGGAGCAUUGGGGUUUUUGGCAUUGCGGUUGCGUUUUUUUCGAGCAGUUGGAGCGAGUAUCUUUUGCCGCCUUUGUAAAGAAUGAUUGGCGAUGGAGAUGGAGAAUGCUAUGGGAAUUUCGAUAUGCGGAAUCGAGAUGGGAAAGGCAGAAGAGAUGAUGAUGAGAGGGGAUACCUUUAAUGACGACAACAAUGUACAAUGGAUUAGGUCGCAGAUGAAAAUACAGCAGUCAGGGGAAGAAAUGUAUGAUAGGAUGGAUGCAUGAAGGACGGAUAUGA